GAGGCGUCAAAGACCUCGAGGCUGAUGGAAUAGCUCAAGUUCCCGAAGCUUGCCGAAGCGAGUUGUGGCAGGCUCUGUUGGCGGAGCUGCAACGGUUCUGCGAGAACACGACCAUCCGCGGCCUGCCGCGCAUCGUGCGCACUCCGCAACGCGGUCUUCGCCUCCUCUGGAGUUGGCUGUUCGUGUUGCUGUUGCUCGGCUGCCUCGUCUGCAUGUUCUUCCUGGCGCGACAGUACCUCGAGUACAACGUCAUCCACCCGCCGCGACUGCUCCGCGACGCGCCCAGUCCCUUUCCGUCCGUCACCAUCUGCAACCUGCGUCCCAUCUCGCCGCUCGGCUACUCGCGACUGGCCGAACGCGGCAGCAAGACGCCGCGAGCGUUCGCCACCAGCCUGGCGGAAUACGCACGACUGCGCUACCUCCGCAGGCGGAGGGACGUGGACAACUACACGCGACUUACGUCGGUCUUCACGAGCAUGGCGGCCUUUCUCGAGAGCCUUGACAGCGAUCAGGAGCGAGCACGACUCGGCUUCCAGCACGACAAGUUCAUCAUCGGCUGUCAGGUUAGUCAUGCCAGUUUACUGCAAUCACACGCACGAAGCGGAAACAAUCUAAUCUCAACUCGAAACAUGUCUCUUAUGACGUUUCAUCUCUUCACUUCUCUUCUCUUUUAUUCUCUUCUCUUCUUUUCUCUUCUCUUCUCUUUGCUUCUUUUGUUUUAUCUUCUCUUCUCUUAUCUUGUCUUUUCUUCUCUUCUCUUCCCCUCUCUUCUUUUCUCUUCUUUUCUCUUCUCUCUUCUAUUCUCUUCUCUACCCUUUCCUUCACUUCUUUUCUCUUCACUUCUUUUCUUUUCUCUUCACUUCUCUUCUCUUGUCUUCUCCUCUCCUCUCUUGUCUUCUCUUCUCUUAUCUCUCUUAUCUUAUGUUCUCAUAUGUUCUCUUCUCUUCUCUUUUCUUCUAUUCUCUUUUUUUCUCUUCACUUCUCUUCUCUUUGCUUCUUUUGUUUUAUCUUCUCUUCUCUUAUCUUGUCUUUUCUUCUCUUCUCUUUUCUUCUGA